CAGAUUUUGUAAACUUCUCUUCUAAGCUUUAAUAUCUCUCUAUAAUCGUCAGAGGAGAGAACAAUGAUGUUCAAGAUGCAAGUACAGCACACCAACUGCUGCUGUACGUGACUACACUGAAUGAUCAAAUUGAGGGGAAAGGCAAGUGAGCAUUUUUAGCCAGCAUUGUGAGGUUGGAGCCAAAAGCUAAUAGCAACAUGGCACUUCCCCACAAUACUGUGAACAUGAACACUGUAUAUAUGGACCAUCUAGUGCAAGCAGGUCAUACGGGAUGGUAUGAUUACAACACAUUCAAUAAUUUGCUGGUCACACCGCCUAUGCAAGCUCCACAACUGGCCAUGCCUCAGCACCACCACCAUCCUCAAGAAAUUAUAACAGCACCACCCAGACCCAAACCACCAGCAUCUCGACCCAAACCACGGACAACACCAACAGAGCGCACCUACUUCUGUGAUGAGUGUGGUGCUACAUUUUCAAACUCAUCCAACUUGAAGUCUCAUGGCAGGAUACAUUCGGGUGAACGUCCUUAUAUUUGUGAAGACUGUGGUGCAUCCUUUGUUCAGAGUUCAAAUUUAAAAGCACAUAAGCGCAUUCACACAGGUGAACGUCCGUAUACAUGCUCUGAGUGUGGCCAGACCUUUUCUCGCUCUUCACACUUAACUGGCCACAAAAGAACUCAUACUGGUGAAAGGCCGUAUAUAUGUGGCAUAUGUGAGGAUUCAUUUGUCACUAGUACACACUUACGAAAUCACAUGCGAAAGCAUACUGGGGAGAGGCCAUUUACAUGCCAGAUAUGUGAAGCAGCCUUUGCUCAGAAUGCUUCUUUACAAAUUCAUUUACGCAUUCAUACUGGGGAAAGACCUUACAAGUGUGUGGACUGCGCUGCUGCAUUUCGUUCAAAAGGAGAUUUGAGAAGUCAUCAUAAACUUCACACUGAUGAGAGGCCUUUUGCUUGUUGUCGGUGUGGUAAGGUUUUCAAAACAAAUCAGUAUUUACAAAAACACUUGAAGAAAUGCGGUGCUCCUCCAACUGGCAAAAAACGUGGACGUCCACGUAAGUCCCUUUCUGCUGAUUCUAUGAUAUCGUCAGUACCCAAGAGAACAGUAAAUCGUGGUGGGCGUGGCAGGGGGCGUACAAGGGCAAAGCGUGGGAGACCAAAAGCAAGACCCACUCGUAUUACUCGCCAUACUAAACUUGAUGAGCUGGGUCACAUUAUGCAUGAUGAUGAAUAUGAAGAGGAUCCAAACACACCAGUAGAAUUUAUGGGAUCUGGAAAAGUUGAAAAUGGUGAUACACAGGUAUUAGAAGAUGCAGCUAGUAGUUCUGAACUCCUACAGCAGCAGCAGCAUAGUGUGGAUCCUCAUAUGGAUGCUUUAGAACAGAGUGUUCAAGGACUUCCUGACUUGAAGGUGUCGACCUGCUCAUUUUGAGGAAAUAACUAAUGGUAUUGACCAUGUGUCAGAUGUGGGUCAUGGUCUUCAUAUUGCUCAUGUUGAGCACAUUGAGCAUAUGCCACUUGAAGCCAUGGAACGAGUUGUUCAGGUAACUCAUUAUUAAUUGUACUUGUAAAUGUAGAGGGUAGAUCAUUUUUACAAUAAUGUAUUAACUUUAUAUAAUUAUUAUUAAUUAUUUUUCGAUCGUGUAUCACUUAUUUUUUGUACCUAUUUCAAGGUACAAAAAUUAGGUUAUUUUUUGUACGUUAAUAUUUUACUAUGCUGAUUAAAAGUAAAGAAAAGAUCCCUCAAAGAACAGUUAAUAUUGUUCUUUUGAUACUGCUGUUUGUCAUAUUUUAUAACAAAAGUAAAAUAAGAUGAAAUUAAUUUUGUGGUUUAAUUCAGACUAUUUUUAUUUUAUGCUAUUACUAUUUCUUGUACAGCACUGAGGUAGAAAACUGUUUCCAGUAAGUGCUUAUGUGCAAGGAAAAAAUGUAUAUAAUAUUUGAACUAGGUUUACUUUUUUAAAACCAGAGUUUUUGAUAGACUCGGUGCAUCUUUGAAUAUACAUUAAGAAAUCUUCCAACAGUUUGUGAAAUCUACAACAAGUUAAGAUGUUACAACACACAUCUAAGAAAUGAGUAUUGUGUAUCAGUACCUUAUAAAAUGUGCUGUUUUGGUUGGCCAUUUAAAUCACUGAAGAACAAAAAAAAAAAAAAAUGCCUCAGUAUGUAUAGCUGCUGUUCUGUUAUUCUAUUUGCCCAUAAGACAGAAAUGUGAAUGGAACUGAUAGUGGUGAGACCCAUUGUUGACAGAGGAGAGAGAAAAACAAAUUCUUGUCCAUUCUUUAAAUGCAAGUCUGUGAAAAUUAGGUGAUAACUGUUCAGAUAACAUGACUAGAAAAAAAGUGUCAGCUAGAAG